UCGUGUUUCUCGGCGGUGCCGCAAUGCUAUGUAGAGGGGACCUGAAGUGUUGGUGUUUCAGCGGGUGGUUCGGAUAGGAUGUGUUUGUUGCAGAGACUACGAAGUGUUUCUCUCUAAAAUGUAAAUAAUCGUGAAUGAUUAGUGCUGUAAUCACCAAAAAUUGCCCUCAUUUAAGAUGGAAGUGAGCGGUACGCCGUCGAUUACCAAGGCCUUAUGUUUCAUUUGAUUUGGCCUCAACCCGUUUGUCUUUAGAUCCACCGUUUGUUUAGUUAUGAAGCAAAUAGUUAUAUCAUUAGUAUACGCUAAAUUAUUUAGUAAACGUGAGUAUGCUGUCGGUGAUAAAGUGUUAGCUGUCUCGCAACCUGAAACUAAGAUUAUCACUUUCACCUAAUGUUUUUAUUGCUGAGAGACCUAAAGCCAUAGAAAAAGUGAAAUCUUCUAACAUUGGGUGUACCAUAACUGAACAUAAUGGAGAAAAUCUGUCGGCUGUGCAUGAGCAGAGCUGAAGAUUUGAUUUCCAUCUUCGAAACCACUGACGAAUUUGACCGUACCGUUGCAAAUAAAAUAUCAGCAUGUGUUGCCAUAGAGGCUAUGGAAGGUGAUGGAUUGCCAUCUGAAAUUUGUAAGGAAUGUGCCUCGCUCUUGGAUGUUAUGUAUAACUUCAAGGAAAAAUGUCGGGCAUCAGACUGGACACUUCGAAAGCUGAAAGCUAGAGCGACACAUCAUCGUCAAUUUGUGGGCCCUGUAUACAAGUUGAUGAAUGAAACAAAUCCUGAUGUAAAUCUUGAUGCAAGGCUGGCCAAGAAUCUGAUUGGAUAUCACAAUGCUGCUCCUGCUGAGGGGCCUGAAACUUUCUUGGUGCAAAAGGGGCCUGAGGUGAUAGCUAUCACAGUCAUUGAUCCUAAUGCACCUGGGGAUUGUACAAAAUCGAAUACAUCUGGUGGUUGGACUGACCCAAUGAAACCGGGAACUCCUGGCAGUUCUUCACCAGAUCUCGCCGAGGGAGCUCCAAUAUUAUUUGUCAAUGAAGGUAUCGACUCCGAUGGACAGUUGGUAACAGAAUUUGAACCAGUAAGUGCAUUCCACCCUGAAGCUCUUCGGCGCAGACUCGAAAGAGAUCUUCCAAAAAGUGAAAAUGAUAUGCAACCGGCCUCAAAAAGUGAAACUGAUAUGCAACCGGCUUCAGAAAGUGAAACUGAUAUGCAGUCAGCUGCAGAGCAAAGAUCAGAGCAAAGAAAUUCUGCAGUUCAUGUGUGCCGAGAAUGUAAGGAACCAUUUGGAACUGAAGAAGAAAUGAUUAAUCAUCUAAAGACUCAUUAUAGUUGUAUAGAUUGUGGUCAGACUUUUACAGAGGUUGACGAGUUGACCGAACAUUGCAAAAUGUUAUGUGCAGCAGAACCUUGGAGUUGCAAAACAUGUGGAAUGACAUUUAGCAGUAAAGACAAACUUCAUAAUCAUUUACAAGUCCACACAGAGAAACCAUAUAUCUGUGACGAGUGUCCAUCAUCAUUUUCAAGAAAGGAUGUUCUUGCAAGACAUAAAGCUAUUCAUUCUGGGCGCCAGUUUAUUCAUGUUUGUGAUGAGUGUUCUAGAGUAUUUACGCGUGAAGAGGACAUAAAUUUGCACAAGCUGACCCAUUCAUUUUGUAAAGAUUGUGGCGUUCAGUUUGCAUCGAGUCAGGAAUUGUCAGCGCACAAAUUGUCGUGCCCAAAUGUUAAACCUUGGCCUUGUGACUUAUGUGAUAAAUCAUUUGUUUCAAAAGACAGACUUAAUCGACACUUAAAAAUACAUUCUUCUGAUAAACCAUAUGUAUGCGAAAUUUGUUCAGCUGCAUUUAAUAGGAGAGAUAAACUGACAAGACAUAAAACAACACACAGUGGUGACAGACCUUAUCAGUGUGAAUAUUGUGAUCUUAGCUUCACCCGAAGAGACAAACUUGGAAGACAUAUGACCACUCACUUUAAAUCUCAAGUUAAUAAUGAGGAAAACUUCAGUUAGGGGGAAGAAUUUUAUUUUCAUGAGUUUUUUCAGCUGAAUAAUUUCAAAACAUUGUGACAGCUGCAAUUUUCAAACAUGUUUCAUCAUUAUCUCAAAUUUAAAUUAUAUUCUGAUUUUAUUUAUUUUUUAUUUUUCAUUAAUUUGUUCAUUUCAUCCUCCUUCGGUGUUACACAUGAGCAUCAUUUAGAAAUGCCCUUGACAUAAGAUAUGUAUUUAUAAUUUGUCAUUAAUCGUACAGGCAAUUUUGCCUUAGAAACUGAAUUAUUGGGCAUAUAAUGCUGUAUGCUUUUCUGCAAAUUUCCCUCUUGAACGCAUGCCUCCACCAAUUUUUGGCUUGAAUUGAUCAUGUAUGGAACAUACAAGUUUGUGAAUUAAUAUUUAAAAAAGUUUUCGUUAGCCCUUACUUUAGGAGGGUAAAAACUUUCAAGCCUUUACAUGGAAGGUACAGCGACUCCCUUGUUGAACUGUCUGUAAUAACAUUAACCCCUAAACUUUCUUUCUACUGUAGCUGAACAAACAAAGCACUGUUGUGAUCAUGACAAAUAAGUUAGAGUAGUCAACAUUUUCGGUAGCAGUGAGUCCAGUGGCUUUAUGUCUCUGCUGUGUGACAGUAGACUAAAAAUUACUCAUAUUUGAGUGAAAGCAUUCUAGAAGCACUGAGAUGGCUACCAACAAGGCACUUGACAUUUCAUGGAGAACAGGGCACACAUGCUGCAUUUAAUAAAGAAGUUUUCUAGAAAUAAUUGAUUUUCUAAUGAGUAUCAUCUUGUUUAUUUAGAUGGCAUUCGUAUUUUGAAUCCAGGUAUUUAUACAGGGACUAAAAACUGAACCCCCAGAUUAUUUCAGGAAAUGCAUUAUUAUUUUAGUUGUCAGUUCCUAAAAACUAGUGUUUCUGUCUUUCUUACAGUGAAAAUACUUCUUCAGUUGUGUUAGUGUGUAGAUACGACAGAAGAAAUCACUCCAAAACUAAUACACAUUGGAAGAAAGCAAAGCAAAGUCAAGUCAUAGAACAUGAAUGACUGGGAGACCCUGAAGAAAAGAUGCAGGCACCUUUCUUACAUGAAGUAUAAGAGCUGUCUGUGUAAGUGUAGAUGUUUAGUGUAGGUGACUGGAGUGAGUGAGCAAGUGUGUGUGUGUGUGUGUGUGUGUGUGUGUGUGUGUGUGUGUGUGUGUGUGUGUGGGGGGGGGGGGGGGGGGGGGGGGAGAGAGAGAGAGAGAGAGAGAGAGAGAGAGAGAGGGAGGGAGGGUGAAACCCAGAGCUGCCACAUAGCCUGCUCCUCUCGAAGAGCACCAAGAGGCCCACCGAGCUUAACGACCCCAUCCGAUGGACAGAUCACCAUCAACAGUGUUGCAUGCUCUCACUUUAUGAGACAUUGAGGAGAGGUUCGGAAUUCAAUCCAGACCAUUGGCACAAAGAUUAUUGACCAGGGACCUUACACCUCUACCCCUCCUAUUGCCUCUGCUGCAAAGGCAAAUGAAAAUUUUCAAUAGUGCGCAACAUACCCAGAUGGUCAUCCAUCUAAGUACUGGCCAUGCCUGAUGGUGCUUAACUUCAGUGAUCUGAUGGGAAGAAUGUGUAUUAUAGAAGUUUUACAGAUGAGUGUCAACAUACAAUGUAAUUGCUGGAUAUCUUGACAACAGAGUCAGUAUAAAAGAGGAAUGGUAAUGCUUUGAAGAAUCUUCAUUUUUUAAAAUUAAUAUAAGUACUUUCCUUUCCUGUAUUUUGAAGUUACUAUGUUCAUAUUGAAUCGGACUGAGUAUAGUGUCACCUUAAUUUUCACAUGCUGUGGCAUGUGAAUCAUUUCUGCUUCAUUAUAACAAAGACAAAGAAAAACUGCUACUUCUGGAAAGCAUGUCAUUUAUUUAUUCAUCCAGGGAUCAUCUUAAAAUGGUAGAGGAUUUGUCAAAAUACAAUGAAAAUAGGAACCUCAAAAAUAUAGAUACACAUAGAAUAUAUAAGUACGCUUUGAGGAUAGGACAUGUGGUUGGCCAUGGCCUUGAUGAAUGAACCAUCCCAGCAUUUGCCUGAAAUGGUUUAGGAAAACCUAAAUCAGAAUGGCUGGAAAGAGGAAAAAAUUCCCCAACCUUCUGAAUAUGAUGUUAGCACUUCAACAACUGCACUGCCUCUUUCGGUUAGUCCCUGUUGUGCAAUGUUUUCUUCAUACGUAAUUUGCACAAGAUAAAUUGCGAUACAAAACUAGUUUCCUACUGUCUUUUUGCUUCUGUCUACACUGUCACUGCCUACUCUAAGGAAACCCACUGAUGACUUCGGGACCACGAACAUCCUGCUACGCCCCUUGCACUUCGUUCAAUCCAUCUGGAAAACUGAUUCCAGGACCACAGACAUGCUACCAUAUGUGAUGCACAUCUAGAUGUCAUCCCUUCAGUUUGCAUAGAAAAGUGAUCCAGUAUACCAUUUUAAGCAAUUCCCCAUAAUUGAGUCAGCAAGUAACAUUGUGUGGCAUGAAAUAUUUAAAAUUAUGUUGGUUGCUUCUUUGUAUGGUAUUUUGUCUCUUUGAAGCUGUAAACAAGAGGAAAGUCAUACAGUUGAUCUAAGAUGAAUUUUCCUACAUGCUUGCUGACAGUGAAACAGACAGGCUGUUAAGACAUCAUGUUUAUUCUAGAGUUGAUGUCUUUUCAGCCAAAUCCUGGUGAUCUGGUGAAGGGGUAUUCCCAAAUGGGAAUAUUUUAGGGAUUACCAAUUGUGAUAUUUUCCUUACUAACAAUGAAAAUAUCUCAAAAACAUUAGUUGGAACUUGGGAACUGGAACCAUUUUUAUUUUGUUUCUGGGACCCUAUAGCCCAACCAAAAAUAGGCCUUUUGUGUGUGUUUGUGUGCAUGUGUGUGUGUGUCAGUAAGUACGUGUAACAGAGUAAAGUUGACGACUUGUUCUACAACUGUGUCGGGAUACCCAGCCAUCGACUAAUAACUGGUGAAUCCAAGAGAGAUCUGUGUUAGUUUUGUUUCCUAUUUAUAAAUAAAUCUAUUAGUCACCAUCCUCUUUCUUAUUUCUGAUCACAUUUUCUGUCUGGUACAAGCAUAUUCAAAAUGGUACAGCAUAAGAAAAUGUUUGGAAGUGAUUGAAUCGGAUUUGUAGUAAACCAUGUGCCUUGUUCAGUACAUGAUAAAUAAGUCUUGAGGUCUUGCUAAUCCAUGUGAGGCACCCCACCUUAAAAUUAACAGAAACCAUAAAAAUUAAUUAACCCCUUGCUAGAAUAAUUAACACAUCUGAUGCUAGAGACAGUGAAAAUAUAAAUGUGAAAUAAGUGUUGUAUAGUAGAAAUCAAGUUAAGAGGAAUGAAUUGGGGGCUACCCAUCUAAUAUUAAAAAUUAAAUGUAUAUUUAUGUACAAUGUAUGUAUCGUGUAAAUAGUAGCUGUAUAAACCCUUUGUUUUUCUGAGAACUGUGUGCUAUGUGGGGCUGUAAUGUGUUAGUAAGCAAAACUGAAUGUAUUAAUUGUGAUCAAUGCGUACUAGAUGUAUUAAUUUUGAUUUUAAUUGUCUGCAGUUAUUAUUUAGAUUCUAAGUUUUUGUGUUGCAGUAGCUACAUUUUAAAAAGGCAGCUGACUGAUUUUUUUUGUGAUGUUGAAAUAUUUUCUGUUUGUUGGUGUACUUCUAUGUAUUAGU